AUGGACAACUCCAGGCAAAAAGACCAAAAAUCUAGCAAAAAAUAUUCCAGAAAGGCUGACAAAGUGCAGAAAGGUUUUACUGCUGCGUAUCCAACACAAUCCUCCAUUCCUUUUAAAUAUCAGCCUUCCAGAAUUCCAGAAUCAGAAAAAAAAGGAUUUAAUAGUCAAGCCAAGAGGUUUUACCAUAUAAAGGAUGAUAUCCCAGGUCCUGGGUUCUACAACGUCAUUCACCAGUCGCCUGUGUUUGACAGUGUGUCGUUGUCUAAGAAAGGGACGUGUACUUUUCCCUCUAUGUGUGCCCGAUUGGACACCAUCGUCUCUAAAUACCCCGCAGCUAAUGCGUACACUAUACCAUCACGUUUUGUUUCGAAGAAAGACUUCAGUAAUUCCUGUUCCAGCAUGUUCCAGUUGCCAAGCUUCGCGAAAGUUCUCAAAUUUGAAACUCCCGCACCAAACCAUUACAAUGCCUCUGUCUCUUGCUGCAAACAGACAAACAACGUUUGUGCCCGAGCCGGGUUCAUGUCCAAAACCCAGAGAGGACUUUUCACUAUUACUAAAACAGGACCUGCCCCAGGGCAUUAUAAUGUCAACGAAUCCCUUGUGAAGCAGUCGCCGAAGAUAUUAAUGUCUUGUUUUAAAUCAAAAACUGGCCGUGGAUUAACACUGACGUCGACAGGCCCAGGACCCGGUUAUUACAACCCGAAAGGUCACACCGAAGCUCAGAAAAAGCCUCUUAUCCGGAGAAACCCCAUCCUAAAUUUCUCUGCCCAGCCUUUGCCUCUGCCCCCGAAGCCGCCUCUUCCAGGCCCUGGGCAGUAUGAGAUCGUGGACUACACGGGGCCCCCCAGGCACUUCAUCUCCAGUGCAUCCUUCGUGUCCAACACCAGCCGGUGGACAGUGGCGCCGUCCCAGCCAGGCCUGCCCGGCCCAGCCACAUACAAGCCGGAAUUCCCUGGAAAGCAGUCCUUUCUCUACAAUGAGGACAAGAAAUGGAUCCCAGUGUUGUAGUCACCUCAUCCGAGCUCAAGGAGACCCCCCCCGGCCACCAGCUGUCCCCCCAGGCACCCCGGACGGUCAUUCAGAGAGCGCCCAUCUCGUGUGUGACGGCUGAUGAC